UCACUAAGGACAUUAAUAUUAAGCAGUUUUAUCUGAGUUCCGAGUCAGAGCUACUCGCAUAACUAAUAUCAGGCUGAAAGAGUGCAGACGGGUGCCAUCUUACAAAUAUUUAGUAAAAAAUAAGGAUGGGGUUUUUCCCGCGCAAAAAAUGGAAUGUGUUGUGUGUUAUUUGUGUAGUAUUGGCUGUUUUUAUUGGACACCAAAUCAAGAACAUCUUGCAUGCGGCAUCUGUGGCAGAAGUAAAGGUGCUUUUCCCGCUUAUCCAACUGAUGCAAAUGGCUGUUGUCAGUCUCUAUACGACUGAUGCAUCGAUGUACCCUCCACAUGCUACUGUAUAUGAUGGUCAGUCUUUUGACUUCAUAAUCGUUGGAGCGGGGUCUGCUGGGUGCGUGAUGGCGAACAGACUCACAGAGAUAGCCAACUGGAAUGUGCUGCUUAUUGAAGCUGGAGACGACCCGCCGGGAGCUUCUAUCAUACCAGGAUUAUCAGUAUUAGUAUCGCCAGCUUUACCCGACUGGAACUAUUUCACGGUCGACGAUGGCUUCUCCAGUCAAGCGCUUAAGACCAAGAGAAUCCAAAACCGCAGAGGUAAGAUGCUUGGAGGGUCCAGCGGGGUCAACUUCAUGUUCUACGUCAGAGGAAAUAAGAAAGACUAUGAAAACUGGGUCCAAGAGGGCAACAUAGGCUGGGAUUGGGAAAACGUCACCACAUACUUCAAAAAAAGCGAAAAACUAAAAGACCAGCACAUAAUGAGUAGUAAAUCCGCUGACUUACACAGCACCAAAGGGUAUUUAAGAGUCACACAACCGAAUUGGGAUCACGAUACAGGGGUAUACUUCAAGGCCUUCAGCGAAAAUGGUCAUUCACUUCAUUUGGACAGCAACGGAUAUGAACAAUUAGGAUACUCUCCCUCUAGUUUCACUGCUGAUGACAUUCGCCAAAACACUGCUAACGCCUUUCUAAGUCCGAUCAAAAACCGAAAAAAUCUUCACGUCCUUAAAAAUACAUCGGUCAAAAAAGUUUUAUUCGACAAGACUAAAAGAGCAACAGGUGUUGAAGUGAAACUACCUGAGGGAGAAAUAAUAGAGCUAUAUACAAGAAAUGAAAUAAUCUUAUCUGCAGGAGCAAUAAACAGCCCUCAGUUAUUGAUGCUAUCCGGAAUCGGACCUAAAGACCAUUUAAACGAAAUGAACAUAGAUUUGGUGCUAGACUCACCGAAUGUUGGCAAUAACAUGCAAGACCAUCCUUUAGUUCCCGUAGCCCUGACUGUAAAAAGAAAGAUUUCUUCAAUUUUGGAUAAUAUCGAGCCUUUAAAAAAUCUGGAUCGUUUUCCAAUACCAUCGAUUUUGGGCUUUGUUGCUUUGAACAAGUCUCAAGGCUACCCUGAUUAUCAGGUGACUGCUGUACCAACUCCCACUGCUGCGUUACUUCCUCCAUUGCUAUGUUCUACAACAUUCACGUUAAAAGAUACUUCGUGUAUUGCUUUAGCUGAUGCAACACAAAAAAGAGGAGCAUUAUUCGCUCUAGUAACACAUUUACACCCAAAAUCCAGAGGUCAAAUCCGGCUAAAUAGCUCAGACCCUGAAGACAGUCCUCUAAUCUAUUCUGGAUACUUUAGCCAUAAAGAUGACUUGGACAACUUUGCAAAAUACAUAGAAGAUUAUGUGAGCGUGGUAAAUACUUCAUAUUUCAGGAGGGUGAAGUCUGAAAUCAUUGAUUUUAAAGUCAGCCAGUGUGCUGACUUGGUUUUCGGAAGUCAUGAAUAUUGGAAGUGCUAUGUUCUGAACUUGUCGAGUACUCAGUACCAUGCUAUAGGUACUUGUGCUAUGGGGGUAGAAGGUAAAGGGGUAGUGGACGAGAGGUUAAAAGUAAGGGGUGUGCGAGGUCUAAGGGUUGUAGAUGCUAGUGUAAUGCCAUCCAUCACCAGUGGCAAUAUAAACGCACCGGUGAUAAUGAUAGCUGAAAAAGCUUCAGAUAUGAUCAAGAUUGAUCAUGGAAUAUAUUUAUAACCGUAUAAGGCUAUUGUAAGUUUUAUAUUAGCGAAUGUCUCAGAAUCUUUUAUAAAGAUUAACGAAGACGGAAUACAAGUGAUAAUUAGGUGUCAGUGUGAGACUAAAUAUUCUAAGUGAAAAAUAAUAUAUUUUUGACAACUGAUUUGAGUGGUUUUUAUCCAAAUAAUACCUUGUAAGUUGUUGAAUAUGUUUCCAUGAAACUAUAAGUACUUUCAAGGAUCUACUGAACGGACAGGUAAUUUGAUAAAAUAAAAUCAUUAAUAUUUACUUCCAUCAUCCACUUCCACAUUUAUUUGUUUAUUUGAAUGCCUUACAACAAUUAUAGCUUUAACUAACAUUUAACGUAAAAAUAUUUAACAUCGUUUUAUACAAGAUAUUUACAAAAGUUAUACAAAUAAACUUAUAGAAAAUAAUCACGAAGGCUUUUAUAACG